AUGCAGCAUCCUCAACGCUUUAAUAAAUACGAACAAACAAGUCCAUAUUAUGAGAAGUAUUACAAACUUCAAGGAAUCAUUAGUCUAGAAGAAGAAGAACAAUUUAUGAAAGUAAUAAAAACUCCUCUUCCUACUUCUUUCCGUUUAACUAAAUCAAGUGAAACAUUCCCCAAAGUACAUGAAGUUGUUAAUAAAAUUAUUUCUGAAAUACCAGAAGAGUAUAAACCACAUACUUUUGAGUGGUGUCCAAAUACUUAUCAAUUAGAAGUUGAAAGAAAACAAAUUAGAAAAUGUGAACAAUACAAUACUCUUCAUAAAUUUAUGAUUCUUAUGAAUGAAUCAGGAGAAAUUAGUAGACAAGAAGUUGUUAGUAUGUUACCUGCUAUAUUACUUGAUGUUCAUGAAGGAAGUUCAGUACUUGAUAUAUGCGCUGCUCCAGGUUCUAAAACUUCACAAUUAGUUGAAAUGGUUGGUCCAACAGGAUGUGUUGUUGCUAAUGAUGUAGAUAAACAAAGAAGUUAUUUAUUAACACAUCAAACUAAAAGGUUAUCAGCACCUCAUAUUGUUAUUACUAAUUAUCGUGCUCAAGAAUUAUCAUUUAAUGGGUUUCAAUUUGAUAGAAUGUUAUGUGAUGUUCCUUGUACUGGAGAUGGUACUAUAAGAAAAAAUGUUGAUGCACGAACAAAAUGGCAUGUUAUGAAUGCUUACACUCUCCAUAGAGAACAACUUGAUAUUAUGAAACAUGUUCUUUGUCAUGUAAAAGUUGGAGGAAAAUUUGUUUAUUCAACAUGUAGUCUUAAUCCAAUAGAGGAUGAGGCAGUAGUAGCAGAACUUUUAAGAAUAUUUGGUGAUUCUAUUGAACUUAUUGAUGCUCGUCCACUCCUUCCAACUCUUAAAUUUAGUGAGGGGGUAUCAGAAUGGAAGGUAUUUGACAAACACUUUACUGCAAUGAAAGAUAAAAAUGAUAAUAUUCCUAUUACUGCCUUCCCUCCAAAACCAGAAGAAGCAGCUAAAUUCCAUUUAGAAUAUACAUUACGUAUUCUUCCUCACCAACAAAACACUGGAGGAUUCUUUACUGCUGUUUUCAUUAAAAAAGGAGAAACCCCAGCACCUCCUCCUAAACAAAAAAAAGAAAAAAAAUAUAUUGGAGACAAUGGUGAAGAAGUUAUUGAAAAACAACCAACUAAAAGAAGAAGAGGAAUGGCUCCAUUAGAUGAACAAGAGUUAAAGCCUCUUCUUUCUACACCAGAAGGAGAAAAGUUAUUUGAAUCUAUCAAGAAGUUUUAUAAUCUUUCUGAUUCUUUCCCUAAAGACCAAUUAUAUGUUGUUGGAGAAGAUUGUCUUACAAUUCAUUAUUUAUCUAAAACAAGUACUCUUUUAGCUCAUGACAUUAAAGUUAUUAGUGGAGGUGUUAAAAUGUUUAAAAGACAUAAAAGUGAAUUAGUUGGAGCAUAUAGAAUAGUUAGUGAAGGUGUUGUUACAUUAGGAGAAUAUAUCGGAAAAGACCGUUGCAUUGAAGUUAGUCAUGAAAUGUUUAUGAAACUUCUUAGGGAAGAUGUACUUUUAAGUGAAUUUAAAAAAGAAUUUAAAGGGAAUGGGUGUUAUUUAGUGAAAGUCGUUGAUGGUAUUUUGAAAGGUAAUUAUUAUUGCGGAUGGGUUGGUCGAGUUUAUCUCUCUAUGUUAAUUAAUAAGCAAGACUUAGAUGCCUUAAGAUUUUUAUUUAACAUAAGUGCACCUGAGAAAAAAUUACAUCGAGAAAUAGAUGAUUGUUUAGAUGAUGAUCAAAAAUUGAAAAAAGAAGAAAAUAAAGAAAAUUGA